GAAACAGUUCCGGUGAUGAAAAGGAGGCGCUCUUCAUAGGGGACUGGACAUUUAAUUUCGGUUUUUAAAUUAAUUUGUUUUAUAUAAAUAAAAAUUAUUAUCGAUUUUUUAAAGGAUUAACAGCAACAUCAAAAAACUUUCCAAAAUGUGGAAUUCUCUGGGAUUAACUAUAGUGACAAUCUGUGUUUGUGUACAUCAGUUGUCGGCUCAGCAACAACAGAAACUGUUAGCCAUCAAUGGACAUUUGAAAAACAUUAUAGCUAAUGCUCAGAUGUUACAAGCUGUUGUUCAAGCUGAAUUGGGACAAAACAUCCCCAAUCCUCCUGUUAAUACUAAUGCAGUAUAUUCAAGCUUCCUUGAGGAGGUUGAACUUAGACUCAAAUCCCUAGAAGAUAAUACUGCACAACUGCAGAUGCGUAUGGGAUCUUCAAAUCCCAACUGUCCACAAGCCACCCCUCCCCCUCCACCUACAAAUGUCGUUGUGGAGUCGGCCACAAUGGACAAUGUGUCCUCCAUCGUUGUUAGGUGGGAUCCUCCCAACCCCGUCCCAGACAAUCUUCAGUAUAAGGUGUACUUCUCCGCUGUUGACGAGACAGGGUAUCAGCCUCAGGGAGAGGUUGUUUUCAGGAUCUGUGACUCUACCCAGACUAGUGCUUCUAUUACGGAUCUAGCUCCACGUUCUAAGUACCAAGUCCGUAUUGGAACCGUUGCUGGCAUUGUUUCUGAAUCUUCUAGUGCCCCAGAAUUUGUGGAAACUCCUGAUAUCAUUCCAAGCGCACCAACGAUUAUGGUCAUCGAGCCCAAAAAUCCCAACACCGUGUACUUGCAAUGGGAUCCCCCCGCAGUCGCCGGAAGAAUUACUGAUUACGUAAUUUACUAUAAAGAAGAUGGAGAUGCUACUGAAAUGAUGGAGGUUGUAUCUCAGCAACCUAAAAUGAAACUUAACUUCUAUGUCAGUGAUCUGUCUGAAGGUACCCGGUACGUUAUGCAAGUAGCAGCUCGGUCAAACAACGGAGAGGGUGACAGGAGUAUACCAAGGGAGGUCUUCACGAUUGAUUUCAACCCACCUCAUCCACUGAACUUGAAUUGUACAUCUCUGAAUAAAACAGCGGUCAUUCUCACAUGGGAACCACCUAUUCUUCUUCCCACGGACGGUAUAAUCCGCGGAUAUAACAUAAACUACACAGAUAGCAGGUACAGAGAAUUCUAUCUAUAUAAGUCAAAGGAUGCCACGGUGACACAAGCUGUUAUCGAUGGCCUGGAACCCGCUACUGUCUAUUACUUUCAAGCGUCUUCAAGAACCAGAAAAACGUUCGGAGGAGGCGGAGCUGUAGUCAUGUGUCAAACAAAGGCUGAUGUGCCAACAGCUCCCAGAAGUGUCCAGUUGGAAUUAUCCCGCGGAGAUCCUCCACAACUGACAAUGAGAUGGAUCCCCCCACAACAUACUUACGGACCUCUGGUAAACUACACACUACACUGGGGAGUUAAAAACGGCGCUUUGAGGAAAGAAAAAAUUGAUCCAACCAGAUUAAGAUGGAUUUCCGAUUUCUUAGAUGACGACACAGUUCACGAAUUUAAACUUUAUGCUGUUAAUAAUGUUGGAUUCGGAGAACCAGCUAUUCAGGUUCGCAAAACCCCAAAACGAGAGACUAUAGUACCACCAAAUGUUACUGUCGAUCGUGUGAAGGGAGAAAACAACACCACAAUGCUGAGAGUUAAAUGGGAUCCGCCUCUUCAACCCGUGAAAGGAUACGAUAUUCUAUACAGAAAGUUUGAAUGGGUAUACAGUGGUAGAUGGAAGUUGAAGGAAAUAGCCGAUCCUACUUCCUUAAUGACAGAAAUCAUCGUCAACAAACCAGAAAACUCAUUUAUUGUCGUUGUACAAGGCAAACCCGGUAGGCGACAACAACCCCAGUACCCUCCGAUAAAUCCGUUCGGAAAUCCCAUGGGAGGUAAUAUGGGACAGCCCAUGAAUAGGGGAGGUCCAAACGGUGCCAUGAUGGGAGGACAGAAUCCAUUUCAAAGUGGCAAUGUUCGAAUGCAAGGUAACCAACAGCCUGGGCCGGCUGUUUCCAUGUCUCAGCCCAUGAUUCCAGGGCAGCCAGGAGGUUUUUCACAAAAUUUUAGGCCUUAAGCUAGAGAGAUCUAGAUAUGAUGUAUCAAAAUUUCGAAAAGUUAUUGAUGUCAAAAAUUCAUAACACAUCAUGUAAUGAAAAGAACUCAUAUAAAACAUUUUCAACUUGGGUUGCAGCAACAAUCAUUCUUUGUGACGUGUGUAAGGAUUAUAUCUUGCAGUUAGUAAUACAUUUUACAAUAGCCCUAAAACAUAAACUACCAUAUGUAAACGUGUUUCAGCGUAAUCAAAGUGAAGCUAAAAUGAACCUCGAAGACUAUUUUUGGCCUAAUUUAGCAUUCUCAGUUUUCCCUGUGAAACUCUUCAAAAUUUUAUGCCCUUGAAGCGAAAACAUGACGUCACACGGAUGAACUGUUUAGGUUAAAUAGUAAUAAAAAAAAGAAAUGAAUAAUGUAAAUAUAAACAUCAAACGAUGAGUUUUUAAAAAUGAUUUACAAAAUAUAAAGGUUACAUACAAAUUUUUCAUGUCGCUUUGCAGCAUCAAGUACCAAAUAUAUUAUUGUAAUACUUUUAAUAUGAUUAUAAUUCACUUACUAACACUCCCUCGAAAAUAUGAAUUACACUAAAAAAAAUACGCAUUCUAGCUUUAACAAAAAUGAAAACUGAUUUUAAUAUACAGUUUUAGAGUCAAUGUAUUUAUAUGUGCUUGCAACAAGAUUUUCUUUUUGCAUGACCUUAUACAACAUUGCUUUAAAUGGUAUUGAAAUCUGAUUUUGACGUUAUUUUUUCAGGGUAAUCAUCCAAUCAUUAACUUCUCUGGAGUCUGAAAAUUACCCCAUUAAUUUCAUUUAUUCUACAAAUGAUGUCAGACACGUAUAAUAAUCUACUGGUGAUGUAAAUCCGAGAGUGUAAUAUUAUGUGGAGUUAUCUGACUUGAGCCAGACACAAUUAUACCCAUGAACGAGUUAACUAUACUAUUAAAUUACCGAAUAUAUCUUGUAAAAAAGAGAGAUCUGCUUAUGAUAUUUGGUGCAUUGUUGAGCUCUGGAUCAGAUGAAAAUAAAAUCACUUUUUAAAUUUAA